AUGGUAACACCUCUGCAACCAGAGCAACCUAUCCCAGAGGGUCCCGUCAGUUCCAUCGUCGAAUUCCUUCUGGACAAAGGCGCCGAUCCAAAUCAAAAGUUGCGCUUUUAUGACCACCAAACCCCUUGGGAGCUAUUCCUCACGGUUUGCCUCAGCCAUAGCAUAAAAGGCGAUAAAUACACCUUGAAGGGAGAUGAGGUUUCGAAGACAAUGCUUGCCAUGAUCUGCCAUGGUGCUGACACCCAUGUAACGAGGGAAAAUCGGCACGGCGACAAGAUUGGCAUACUGGAGGUCGCCCGGGGGCUUGAUCUGCCAAAAAGAAGGUUUCGAGAGAUUGAGGAUGCCCUCAAAGAGAAGGAGAAGUGUCAGGAAGCAGUGUUGUCAUCUGGGCUGCUGGGAUAUGUUGGGACAUGGAUCUGGGGCACACCAAAAUGA